AAAGCAAAAUGUCCGCACCGCACACCUGAUGCCCAGGCGAAUAACAACGCUUCCGCUGAAUGGUUGACUGAUAGAAUAAAGAAAAAUCUAAGAAUUAUAUCACUUGUGAUUAUCGGUACACGGAUAUAUAAAAAAAAUGUCUAGUUCGUCGUCUAAUAAUUAUUACGAAAGCGAUGACGACAACGAUAGUUGGGUGGUGUUCUCCGAUGAUUCUACGGACGAAGAUGAACUUACACUUCUGAAUGGUGAUGAGGAAAAUGACGAAGAUUCUACGAAAUUCGAAGCUUUCAUAAGAUUGUCCAUGCGCCUGAAAAAGCAGUACAACCUACAAGAGGCUAGUGUUGCAUUGGAACGCUGUGAUAAGAUAUGGGACACGAUGCAGCUUCUAAAAAAUGCUCAAUCGAGUUACAAUAGUGUAGAAGAAGAGGAAGUUUAUACAGACCAAGGGAAGGUGUCUUCGUCAGUUCCAACAGAAACAGUUCCUUACAUAAAGUACCAGCCGACUCAAGGCAAUGGAAACAAUGCGUUGCCAAAUUUCUAUCUAUCGGUGAAGAAACAAACGAAAAUAUACAAUUGCGGGACAUGUGGUAGAAUUUACAAUGAAAAAAGAGCCUUCAAAAUUCAUAUGAAAAGAGAUCACGGAAUAGCUUUGCCAGGCUCUCCUCAAAUUCGCAAACGUUCAAAUAAUUCGGAAACCCGACCAGGGCGACCGAAAACUCCUCAGAGUACAGACGCCAGCUCCGUUGAUGGGGAUAAAGGCCCUCGAACACGUAGAUCAACUAAGAAAAACCCAGAAAGUGCAACCGAUGUCUGCCCAAUCUGUGGGAAUCUGUAUUUCUCUAAACAGAGUAUGCUAAGGCAUGCACAGGACGUUCACGGAAUUGAUACACAAAUCAAUUCGAAGAAGUUAUUAGAGGAUGAUGGAGAAUCUAAUGAACCUGCCAUUCCAACGACGUCGAUCGAAAAAACGUCUGUGAAAAACGAGAACGAGCGGACAAAGAGGACUUGUCGAUUGGGCGUUAACUAUAUAUAUACUCGUGCGCGAAUAAGUAAUUUGGACCGUUAUAUUUAUUUUUGCAUUAUUUGUCAAAAGGAAUUUGAUGAAAAACGUGAUUUGCGAAAUCACAUGAGUUCAAAGCAUGAAAUUGACAUACCGAAAGGGCCGAAAGAGAGGUUGUAUGGACUUUUCAUUAAGGACUAUGAGUCUUCGCGCAAGUAUUUACAAAGAGUAAGCCGGCAUGAAGAGAUUAAAGAAAGCCCGCUAAAGCCAUACGUUCAACGCGCUCGUGCGACAUAUUCAAAAAAAUUGGAACGACCGAAACGAGCUUGUGCGAUGAACACGUCUUACAACGAACUUACAAAGGAGGAGGAAGAAAUUUUACUAUGUGAGAGAGUUUCGAGGGAGACAAAAUAUCAACAGCCCGCUUCCAGCCACACCACCAAAUGUUUCUUAUGCAAAAGAUCAUGUGCUGAUAUAAUACACCAUUUGAAGGAUUAUCAUCGAAUAAAUGAACCAAAGAGUGUUCUGCCACUGAGCGAAAAACUGUCAAACGAUCAAAUUCACGAUGAGGUUGAAACAAUGGAAAGUGAAGAGAUGAAAGAGAAGAACAAAUCCUUGAGCAAGAAAAUUCCCAGUAAUAAACAAAUAUCUCCGAACAAAACAAGCUCUCCAGAACAGUUGAAUAAUUCAGAAUUAAUUGAUAAAACAUUGAUCCAAGGUUUUUACAAAAAAUUAAAAAGUAAUACAAAAGAUGGUAAAACAGCCAUAUGUUUGAUGUGUAAGGCAAGGUUCACGAAAAUGUCGGGACUUGAAAAACAUUUAGCGACAUAUAUGAAAGAUGGUGUGAUACAGGAGCAUGCAUCUCCGUCCAGUAAAUUUGCUCAGGAAAAAUUAUCGACGAGUAUUCAUAAUGAGGGAAUGUCGGAAGAUCCUCUGAAAUUGGAUGAUGCACCAAGCGUCCAUAGUGACAAUAGCUCCGUGAAACGAGAAUCGAGUUCAGAUGAAAGUUCGUCCACGAGCGACGAAACCCCUUUGUCCAAGAGGAGAAAGAUCGAGUCUGCAAAAGCUUCCGAAGAUAUUGACAGGCUCGAUACUGGAAGCGAAGAGAGCGAGGAGGAGACGGCAAAGAGAAAAUCAAAAAAUAUUUUUCGUAACAAUCGAGCGGAGGAGUUGAACGAGGACGGUGACAAGAACGAGAGUCUGGACCAACAGGACACCAGAAAUAGCAGCGAUCGCGAUUCAGGUAUUGGUAUAAGUAUAACAAUAAAAAAACGUAACAAUUCUUACGAGGUCGUCGAAAGGGAUAAUUGUUGCGAGGAAACUAACACAAAGGCGAACCAAAAACAUUUCGAGGCUCCAAAGAACGAUAAUCUAAUAUCCUCGGACAGCUUGUCCGAUAUUAUCAACUCGGAUGAUCGUAAUGGCGAUGAACUUGACGUUGAUUCUCGUACUCGUGAAAUUUUCGAUCCGUUGGGUUACAGUGAGGAACGAAGAAUCAAUAAAUCAUCAAUGAUUUCUAUCCAAGAUCAAGACAAUGACGAUGACGAUAUCACCAUUGUUGAGUGUACAGAUCGUACUUUCACGAAGCCAGUAGUCGAGAGAAUGAGCAGACAGCCAAACUUGUGACCCAGCUUUGAAGCAAGCACCAGGAGUCUCGGUACUAUCGAACUGAGAGAGACGUGACUGUUCACAUGACAUACGAGAUGACUUUAAUUUUUGAUGGCAUUGGAGAAACAAAAAUAUAGGAAGGAUAUGACUAAGAACUAAAGACACAACAAUUUUGCAGUUGUCAUGAACGACCUUUCGCUGAGCCACAAUGGUCGGGAUUCCUAAAACAACUCUGCGUCGUUACAGGGAAAAAACCUUUGAUUGAUCCUAGAUCUUUAAAAAUAAAUUUGCGAUGCGAUGACCUUUUUAGUUAGUUUUUAAGUUCUAUUUCUCUCUCAUUCUCUUUUCGAUUCUUUCGAUUUGUUGCAGCCGCAAAAGCCUAACAAGAAUAUGAAAAAUUUAUGACCUUUGAAAAAUAAUUAGCAGAUGACUUCUUAUCGUGCGAUUCAAAGUUCCAGUUUUAUAAGCUAACCAGUUUGUUGACUGUUUUCCCAUAAGCCUUUACGUGUAAAUAUUUGCUAUACUCGUUUCGAGGAUGACCUUAGAAAUGAGGAAAAACGAGCAUUUCAUUAAACUCAGUUCCUGAGACAUAAGAAAUGAGAAUCUCAGACUGAUGACGACGUUGGUGCACAGAAAAAAAAUGUUAUAAAGUUACGAAACUAUUUUUUGAAAAUUUUCAAUCGUUUUUCUUUUGGCGCCCCGUAGAUAAUGAUUUUGGGAAUUUCGUAUAUCCAGGAUCAAAAAUUCAACAUAUUAAACCGAGAAAUGAAAUUAUUCUACUACGUUUUUGUUUGUAUUAAUCCUUUAAUUUCAUUAGGUGUAAGAUUCGUACAAGACCAAAGUUAAGUUUGCCGAUGCAAUGAUUCGAUGUACCUGGACAAGCAAUGACAGUCAUCCAUGAUUACGAAUUUUCCUUAUCGUUUUUUUUUCCAUUCCCAUGAAAAUCGAUCGGCUUUCUUUUGUAGACUUGCUUUGACUUAUCAUUUGAUUUUUUUUCUUCUUUUCACGUAUGUUUUUUCAUACCUGAAGUCAGCAUUAAUAAAAAUUUAUUUUUUUGCUGCAUCGUGCCAAGAUUUUCUAAAAUCAUGUGGACUCAAAUGGACGAAUGCAUCGAAGCUGAUUUUUUUAAAUUUUGUUUUUUUUUUAAGAAUAUACAUUUAUCUCGCUUAAGAUUUCUAUCGUUUAUAUGGUUCGAUUUUACAUCGACAAAGUGUUAUUCAAAGUUUAGCUUGCUGGACUCGUGGACGAAUCUCAAGAUGGAACAUGUCCACACUACAAAGAAUCAUGUUUUCUAUGUUUUAAGUUUUUUGGUUUAUUGAAUCUAGCAUAUAAAAAUUAAAUUUGAACGAACAACGAGAGCAGAGAGAGAAAAAGAAUCUUGAUGGCAGAGAGGACUGUGUCGUGAGGUUAACAUGAACAUGUACAUAAACUUUAAAAUGUAAAAAAAUACAAAAUGUAAUACGUUUCUUAAAAAAGAAAGAAGAAAAAACUGUCA